AUGUCAAGAGACACCAGGGAGAAGAAGAAGAAGAAGAAGAAGAAGAAGAAGACAAUGGAGACAGCAGCCAGUAAAAAGAGAGGAAAGUUACAUAAAGACUGGAGGCGUGUCCUGGCAAUUAUCUCCAUCCUCUUCAUUGUGUUGUCUACCAUUGCCUUGUCUCUGAACACCCUUCCAGAGCUGCAGGACACAGAUGAGUUUGGUCAAUCCACAGACAACCCGCAACUGGCCCAUGUGGAAGCUGUGUGUAUCGCCUGGUUUACCAUGGAGUACCUUCUCCGCUUCAUCUCCUCCCCAAGCAAGUGGAAGUUCUUUAAGGGUCCUCUAAAUAUCAUCGACCUGCUGGCCAUCUUGCCCUACUACGUCACCAUCUUCCUGACAGAAUCCAACAAGAGUGUGCUGCAAUUUCAGAACGUUCGUCGCGUGGUUCAGAUUUUCCGUAUCAUGCGGAUCUUGCGCAUUUUGAAGCUGGCUCGUCACUCUACAGGUCUCCAAUCUCUGGGAUUUACUCUCAAGAGGAGUUAUAAUGAGCUGGGCCUGCUCAUUCUCUUCUUAGCCAUGGGCAUCAUGAUAUUCUCCAGUCUAGUGUUCUUUGCAGAAAAGGAUGAAGAGGAUACCAAGUUCAAAAGCAUCCCAGCUUCCUUCUGGUGGGCUACCAUUACUAUGACAACAGUUGGCUAUGGAGAUAUUUACCCAAAAACCCUGCUGGGAAAGAUAGUUGGGGGUUUGUGCUGUAUCGCUGGAGUACUGGUGAUAGCCCUGCCCAUCCCCAUUAUCGUGAAUAACUUCUCUGAGUUCUACAAGGAGCAAAAGAGGCAGGAGAAAGCCGUUAAAAGAAGGGAGGCUCUGGAGAGGGCUAAGAGAAACGGUAGCAUUGUUUCUAUGAACAUGAAAGACGCACUUGGCCGCAGUGUAGAGCUCAUGGAUAUAAUGGUGGAAAAAAGUGAUGAAAAUAAGGAGAAGGGGCAAGAUAAUCACAUUCCUCCUAGUUUGGAAACAGAGACACCUAAACUCAAGUCACAUAUGAGCCCGCGCAGCCCCACCAAGACCCUCGAAUCGAGUUACCAAGAGCAGGCCAAGCCGUCAAGCAGUCCUCAGCAUCUAAGCGCACAGAAACUGGAGGAAACGUACAACAAGAUGACUGGGGUCUCGCCACAAUCCGACCUCAUAAAGAAAAAAGGCCCACUGCCUAAAAUAGUUAGGCAGAGAGCUGAAUUAGAGAUGGGAACCAUUCCAGCUGAAGCCAUCUCAAGAAAAAGAGAGACAGUUUCAGACAUGAGGAGCAUGUCCAGCAUUGACAGCUUCAUCACCUGCGCCACUGACUUCCCUGAAAGCUCUCGUUUUUCACACAGCCCCAUCACAAGCAUGCUAGGUAGAAUCAGCACCAAUCCUAGCCUGGAGCCCACCUUGGAGAAUGAGCAUGAAGGAUCCCAAGGCACCAACACCCCCGUGACAGGGCGAGGCACCAAGCUGGGUCCGUACUCUGACAGGCCUAGAGAUCUGCGCUCAAACAACCCGCUCAAAAGCCACUCACUCAACGUUAAUUUCAGAGCUGGGGAGGAUCCAGGGACAGGGGCCUUCUCAGACAGCUCGUCAGUCCAGAGCCCUGAGGUGUCCGUCUACACAACUGCCAGAAGCAGCACUCCCAGCAAGAGCCCGGAGAACUUACUGCCCAACAGCCUCUUCACAUUCCACGACUCAUCCGUUAAUACAUUCAUAGAUGCUGACACAGACGAGGAAGAGCACAUGCUUGAUGGUUCAGGCAACAACACAUCCCAAAGACUCAUGGAAAAAGCCAGCCAUCACUCCAGCUUCCAGCAAGGUCCCAACCGUAUGGAGGGUCUGCAGAGGAGGCUGGGGAACAGGAAACUGCCGCUGGAAGGACAGGAGAACCAUGUGGCUCAGGAACUACAGCCACUUCAGGGAGAGAACAGCCACUCUAAAGCUUACAAUAAGUGA